AUGUCGACCCAGCAUAACUACACAAAUCCGGCAUUUUGCCAGCAGAGCGAGUACUACUCUUCUGCGCCGACGACGCCAGCUGCAGCGAAGACUGCCGGAAUGGCCGGCGGUGGUUCGCUUGUGUCGAUUUCUGCCGCCGCAACGAUGACGGCCGCGAGCUGUACGCGACGCAACGAACAGCUUACCCGAUCGUACCAUCGCAUUUCGUCGAAAGUCGUCAACCGGCAGCACUCGCUGGCCUCGUUCGAUCGACGCACGGCCGGUGGCCCGCAGGUGGCGCCACCGAUACCGGGAAAACCGUUGGUCAAUGCGCGUCUGCUCGAUCGGUAUGGUCCCGUUGGUGGUUCCACUGGAUCGGCACAACCGCAGCCGAUCGCAUCGUUGGACAACGCUGGCAGUGCUAGCGGGAGCCGCUAUGCGUUGGUUCCGGUGGAAGAGAUUCCCUUCAAUGUGGUACGCAAGUACAGUGUUGUGGACGAAAGGCAGCUGUCUCUCGGUGGCGGUGGUUGUGUUGGUGCGUCACGCAGUGACGAGUUUCUGGACCGUGUCGGUAGCGUGCCGAACCUGGGCGGGAACGGACGGCAGCGCUUCCAGCAUGACCGCACGCUGGAACAGGACCAGCAAGAAGACGAUGGAGAGGAGGCAGAGGAAGAGGAGAUGCACAAUCUGUCCGAUCAGUUUCGCAGUCUGCCACCGAUGAUGUCGUCCCACUCGACGGCGCUCGAUCAGCACUCGGGGUCGCGCUUGAAGAAUGCGUUCUCGUCCGACUUUGGCUCGAAAUCUUUCAUCUUGUACGACCAGCGCAACAACCAGCGCUUCGAGAUGGUGCCGACCGAGGAGGACGAGGAGCUGGUCGACGAAAACCAGGAGAUCAUCCAGAUGCACAAUGGGCGAGCGCACCGAUACGCGAUCAUACCGAGUGUGGCCGACGACGAGGAUGAAACGUGCCUCAGCAAUGGAAACAGCGGAUACAGUGCGACCGGAGCCGAAGACCCAACGGCGAUACAUCGUUCGCCCGCAAGGACACCGUCGGCUAGGUUGAACCACCAGCAGCAACGCGGUGGAUCCCGACGAGAGACUCCCAAGCCACAGCUUCCACCAACACCGUCGCAGCAGCAGCAAUCGCUUGCCUUGACACCCUCGAAAGCAACCCACCCGGGACAGGGCGAGACGACUCCAAAGAAAAAUCCCGCCACGUUGAAACUCCACGAGCUGCUAACCACGCCGCAGAAGAAGAAUACACCUCAAUGGCGUAGCCAGCCACCGCCACCACCAUCCCCCUUCACAUUGACUCCCAGCACAACUCCACAGCGUCGGGCACCCGCGCCACCGAUGAUGGUUUCCAGCACUCCGAAGCAACCGCAACACCAGCUCCAACAGCUUCAACCGAUACAACAAUCGGUACAAUCACCCCCAACGACCGCCAUCAUUAGUCCGCGGUUAAACUCGGACAUCUACAGCGAAAAACCGCUGCCGCUGGAUCCGGACAAGUCCGUCUGGGGUCAGGGUGCCCCGAUCGGGCACAAAUCCUGGCAAAAGAUGGCGAACGCGUCGGCCACGAUCGGGGCCGUCUCGCUGAUGCUGAUCCUAUGCGGGUUCAUGAACUCGGGCCUUAGCCUGUACAUGACGGCAAAGUUGGGACGCGAGUUUUACCUGGAUAUGGGCAUACUGGCAGGCUUUUCGGCGAUCGCACUCGGUAUACUGGGCUUCAAGUCCCGUCAGUGUGAUUGGCUACCGAACCGUAACUAUAUGUCAGGUUACGUGUUGGUUACCAUUUUCUCGCUGCUAAACUGCUGCGCCGAAGUGAUCCUGAUGACGAUGCAUCCGUACCCGGGAACACCGCUGAAUGACGUGACUACGGGCAUCAUUUUGGGGCUUUCUUCGUUGAUCAUUCUGCUGAUCAGCCUUGGUGCGAUCACGUCUCGCUGGUGCCGGGCACCUCCACCGGAUAACCGCGUGGAUGUAUGCACCACGGGACCCUAA